AUGAGGUGUAAGAAGCACUUACCUGACCUCACCAGCACCAUCGGCGUUUGCGCUUCGUGUCUCAGGGAACGUCUCCACCCAAUCUACGCAGCCCAGGUCCAGGCCCAAGCCCAAUCAGGAGAAAACGCAUCUCCCCAACGUCAACGGAACCCCAAGGAGGAGGACAAACCUGCGCCGAUUAAUUUCCCGCGCUCGGUGUCCCCCUACGUCGCGCGCAGAAAAUCCGACUGCGACACCAGCCGAGAGAGGCUCUUCUACGGCACGCCGCAGGCUAAACCUGCCGCGCGCGACGGCGGAGAUGUGCCGGAGAAGCGGAGACACGGCGGCGGAAGGUUCUGGAUGCUCUCGAACAUCUUCCGCGGUAGAUCGCACAAGACGGAGACUGCGCGUCGGGAACCUUGCGAGGAACGGUCGACGGGAUCGUCGUGGUUCACGACGAUGCUCCACGCGCGCCACCACAAAGGCGGCGAAAGUGACAGACGGAGAUUCCGGCGCGCGGAUCGAGGCAUGUCGCCGUCGACGGCGGCUGAUUUCUCCGAUGAGGCGGCGCAGGAGCGGUCCGAUUCUGGGAAUUCGACGGAGUGUUCACCUCAGAAACAGAAUCCGACGCCUGCAACGGCACAUCGGCGGUCUCGGAUGGGAGCCGGCGGCGGAGGCAAGGGACUGUCGACGAGCAUGGCGUUCUGUCUGAGCCCUUUGGUUCGGGCGAGUCCGAACCAGCAUUGGACCCAUAACAAUAAUAAUACCAAUAAUAGUAAAGGAUUGGGCCAGGAAAUGGGUGCUGGUGGGCCCCACCACAUAUCAUCUGCGGCGUCGUUUUGCGCCAAUCGGUCGCGGAAGCUAGCGGAUUUCGGCAGGAACCCGCACAACCGUUGAUUUUGCUGACCGUGGUACGGGCUUGUGUUUUUGUCCGUUUCCGUUUCGUUUUGUAGAUUCUUUUUUCUAUUUUUUUUUCUUCCGACAAAAAACCUAAUCAUUUUUCUCUUCUCUUCUUUCUCACUUUGUAUAGUUCACAUAGCUCAUUGCAAUUUACAAAAGAAAAAAAAAUAUAUA